AUGGCAAAACCCUUUGAAAAUGGACAGUAUUUGGACAUUUAUGGAAUUACAAGGGACCAGGCCGGGGAGUAUGAGUGCAGUGCGGAAAAUGAUGUCUCCUUCCCAGACGUGAAGAAAGUGAAAGUGGUCGUGAACUUUGCGCCUACGAUUCAGGAAAUUAAGUCUGGCACGGUGACCCCGGGACGCAGCGGACUGAUAAGAUGCGAAGGCGCAGGUGUGCCACCGCCAGCCUUCGAAUGGUUCAAAGGAGAGAAGAAGCUCUUCAAUGGCCAACAAGGAAUUAUUAUUCAAAAUUUCAGCACAAGAUCCAUUCUUACGGUUACCAACGUGACCCAGGAGCACUUCGGCAACUAUACCUGUGUGGCUGCCAACAAGCUGGGAACAACCAACGCGAGCCUGCCCCUCAACCCUCCAAGUACAGCCCAGUAUGGAGUUACCGGAAGGGCUGGCCUCCUCUCCUCCUGCGGGUACCUUGUGUUGACACUCUCUGCCAUCACCAGCACUUUCUACCUGAAGAAUGCCAUCCUACAAUGAAUUUAAAGACCCGUAAAUGGCUUUUAAAGAGUCUCUGAAAGUGCUGAUGGCUGGAUCCAAUCUGGUACCAUUUGUUAAAAGCAGCGUGGGAUGUAAUCAGCUUACACGGGAUGACUUCUGUGGAAUCGUUCGUUGUGUAAAUACUUUAAUUCUACUCUCCUUUUGAUUAGCCGCAUUACCUUGUGAGGCAUACAUAUUGUCCUUUUUUAAGACGUGAAAGCUCUGAAAUUACUUUUAGAGGAUAUUAAUUGUGAUUUCAUGUUUGUAAUCUACAACUUUUCAAAGGCAUUCAGUCAUGGUCUGCUGGGUUGCAGACUGUAGUUUACAAAAUCGAAUAUUGCAGUGAAAACGUGACUCUUUAAGGCUGCAAUACAAGUGUUCAGUGCCCUGUUUCAAUACGAGUCAGUCCACAUUUACAAGAUGCAUUCUUUUCUUUUUUGAUAAAAAGAGCAAAUAAUAUUGCCUUCAGAUCAUUUCUUCAAAAUAAACACAUAUCUAGAUGUCUCUGCUCACACAACAUCCAGGUUUCAGAAGUGAGCCUUGUAAUAGACCUGCUGUGUGGCUCUGCUUCCCUCCCCGUCAGUCCAGCAUGGGUGUGCCUUCAUCGACUAGUCUUUUCUCUUUGUCUCCGAUGAAUAGAUAAUGUUUUGCUCAAUCUUACAAUUUGGAAACAAAAAUAAACUACACAGAUAAAGUUAAGCCCUACCCUGUCUCUGAAGAACCAAGGAGCUGUUGGGCUGAAUUCCUUCAUUUAGUUUUCAUGAUAAAAACAAUUUAAUAACAGAGUAUAGCAAGUGUGGCAUAUGGGUGAAGUUAAAUAGCUCCACUGUGAGAAAG